GCAAUCGCACACCGUAUUCUUUUGCUGUAUGAUACAGGCGCAAACGUGCAUUAUGUUCUGCACCAUUGACCCAUAUUCCAGCAGGAAAUAACUUUCAUCGUUUGUCCAGCGAAUUAACAACUGGGAACUAAAUUUAACGAACAGUGGAUACAAGAUCGGAACUGCCGAUACUGGAUAUCUAACUUCACAGAUCGUAUCAACACCAGAAAAAGCGUCGAGCAGUGAUAAUGAGCGACUACAGACACCGACUGGCACCCAUCUCGGGUGUGCUGCCAUUUAACGGUCCUGAAGGAACCGAUAUCGAUGACCCCAUGCACCAGCGGACGUAUUCGGGGGAUUCGGGGUAUAGGUCCAGGGCAUCUUCGAAAGCAUGCAGCGAUCAUGAAGUCCGAAGAGGACCCGGUCAUCUCGGCCAAGGCAUUGAAGCUCAUCAGGAGUACGUUCGCAGGUAUACCAAGUCUAAACACGAUGCUGUCGUCAGGGAUGACAAGUCCAGAUACGGAAAAGCCAUGGGUUCUGGAUCACGAGGAAUACGUUCAGGAGCUAGCAGACAUACUGAGGUUGCGAUGCAUCAACCAGAGCCUAUAUCAACCGUUUCAGGCAGGUUGUUUUACAAGGAUAAUGACAUCGGCAUCGGUGAAGGAAUCAUGGACCGUGAUCGUAGAGACUCGGGGUUUUUGUCCUCUUUCACGCUAGCUGACGAAACAGAAGGAGAUUACAAUGCAAAAGGGUCUUCGGAUCUCCUUCACGAUCCCCUUCAAACAAAUCUCGGCCAUGGUUACAAGAGCGAUUUCUGUAUGGGUCCCGUUGGUGAUAGGUACACAGUUGGCGCGGAGGGUGAGAAACCAGAGCUGCACCAACGAGGUCAAAAUGCUACCCCGACACCCUCUGAAGCGGGAGCUUCCGGAAAAUUUGCAGAAAGCAGCAGAUGGUCCCAAACUAAGGGGUUGCAAUUUCCAGAUUCCAGAUCUAUCGAACAAUACAACCAAGGCUACUGCAUAUCUUCACCGAGCCUAUUGAUUCCUGAUCCUAUGAAAUGGGAGUCCCAAGCAGUGGCUGCUAGUCAUGAUCACUCCGACUCGUCAUGGGUCGCAAAGAGCGAACGUGACAUUCGUUCAUACGCCUACUUAGGUGAUGGCCGAAAAGGGAGUGACUACCACAGCCCUUCCGUCGAAGUAGACAGGAAGACCCACCGCCGAAGUGACAGCAGCUUAGACAGUGUCCUAUCUAAGACAAGAAGCUUACAGAGCAACGUCUCCUUGAGUUCCGGGUUUGGCGUACACGAUGGAAAUGAACAUACGAGGGUCAAUAGUGAUGUGAGUCGGCAAGAUGGUUUGUCAUUGUACCCAGGAACGGAGGUAUCCAUGAAAAGGUCAUCUGUACCUGAUAUACCUCUGGAUAAGCUUUUUAUCCGGAAGGUCCUAAGCGUGGCAGGCAUGUGUGUCCCCUCACCAGCGGUUGUUGUGUCUGAUAAGGAGUGGGUCCUGAAUUCUACACAAUCAGCUCAAGCGGUCAAUGAUGCUUAUUGUGCAGCCUCCUCAGAACCAUCGUUGGAAUUAGAGCAACCUUCUGCUGAACUCGAUGCUCAGUUAGAUCCCGUGCGUUACGGCAGUAAUGUAAAUCUUGAGAAAAGGGAUUACUUGGAAGCCUUUGAUAGGAUGUAUCGAGCGGCAAAGCUGAUGGGUAUUAACACAGUCGGGCGCGUCAUUCAAAUUUCCAACUUUGCUGGAGCUAUGCUUGACAGCCGAGGUGGGUAUCUGUCCAUUGAUGACCUGGAUGUUCAUCUCUAUGUUCCUUGUGGUGCUGUACCUGAUGGACCGCCGCAACUAGUCUAUGUCUUUGUAGAAGGUAACCUGAGCAGUGGCAGGGACCAGCUAACACCAUGCGUCCACUGUGGUCCCUCCACACUGCGCUUCCGGAAAGAUGUCUUCUUGACCUAUCCACACUGCGCAAAGGAUGCGGCCAAAUACCGCUUCACCUUCACCAAAUCCAAGUCGGGAGGAUACAUUCGGGAGAUCCGUGAUGGUGAAGAUGGAGUGAUACAUGUGGAUAACCAUUCCAUCACCAUGACCAUGAAUCAUUUUUGUGGCUAUUCAGCAUGUGCUCCCGUGUUGGAAAAGAGCAUGUUGGUAUGCACGUUCAUCAACGAGGACAUCCCAGCCGGACGAGCUACGAUACGGCUUCGAAUCUGUGACGACAUAGAGUCUAAUCUUAAAGAAGUCGAGGAAAGCGAGUCGAUCCAUGACUUUUUUCUGGCGGACCCAGUACAGAGGAUGGAGGUAGGACGCACUGGUGACGUGCAGGGGACUUUGACGUUAGUUUCGGAGUCCUGGGAAAUCACUGAACCUGUAUGCGGUCGACAGACGUUCCGACUUUCGGAUCUUUGGCACGCCGCUUGCUCAGACAUUGCCCAGGCUACCCCGUCCAAGCUGUUUCACGUGAGGCGUAAAUCCCAGCAAAGGGAGCGACUUACAGCGAAGAUGAAAGUGUUUCAGGGAGACAGAGAACAAUACAGUGUGGACUUUCUUGUGAAGAUGCCACGCCGUGGCAUUUUCCAUCAAAACGUACCUCGGUCGUUUGAUGAGCUAUUGCAACUGAUGAAAGGGUACAUAUACCAACAACCAACAACCCGCCACGAGCCCAUGCAGCUGUUAACUGAAGGAGUUUAUCAGCGGCUGUGCGACGAGCUGGACGUGGAGGCCCCCGUAGCUCAUGACUGGCGCCUCCUACCAGAGAACCUACGGGGAAUCCACGACCGUGGUCACCGUUGGAUUACAAGCAUCGAGACGCGAGCUCAACGGGAGCGUCAGAGUCCCACCGGGCUCGUGCUAGACGCUUUCUUCGCAGAGUCCAAGAAGUCUCGAAAGAGUAAGGGUAACACCUUGCGGGACCUGAAACAGGGUCUCCUCGGAUUGAACCGGCAAGAUUUGCAUUUUGCCGUCAGUGCCAUUGAUCAUCAGUUAAAGGGUUGUGAGGGGGCUGGGAUCACAGCUAUGGCUGGACAUGACCCGGACCCUAACAACAAUAGUACACGGAGGGAUCAUUGUCAUAUGACGAGACAGGAAAUGGGAGAGAGAGGGGAAUUACCUAGCGGAGAUCAAUGUAGGCAAAUAAGGCAUAUGCCUACACAUGGGUCACCCAUGGCUUCGUGGCAACCACGUAGUAGUGUAGAUCUCCAUGUUAUCAAUGAUCAAGUGUUGAAACAACGUUUCAACUCCGCAGGAUCCUACUCCUUGCGAAAAGAUAGCGCCUAUUCGAGCUUAUCUGCACUUGAUAAUUUUAUUUGAUUUGCCAAAUGGAUGGUCGUCCAAGGAAAAAGUCCUGUGUUUUUAACAACAGUCGUGAAACAAAUUACAAAGGUUAGUGGGGUAAAAAUAAUACGAAGACACAUUUAUUCUGCAAAUCGAAUACUUGAGGUUUGACAUUUUGGAGUUUGUGUUGUAACGAAUAUGUAUUUUUGCAGUGAGAAUGCCAUAUUGUAUGACUUACAUUACUUUAGUAAUGAUUUUUACCACGAAUUCUUAGAGUGGACUUUUCUAAUUGUAAAUUAUGAACUUCUUAAAUUUGUGGCUUUUAUGCGAUUAUUAACAUGCUCCCUACCGUAUCAUAUUAACCUGAACAAUUAUUUAAUAUUUUAUAUUAAGGGAAAUUUGAGUGAGGAAUCGGAGCGAAAUACAAGUACAUUUUGUGGAGCAGAACACGUAUCGAUGACAUUGGAGAUAAUUAGGCACCUAUAUUAUUUAAACCCAUUAAUAUGGCGUGGCUCUGUUAUGAAUUGUAUUAAUACGUAUUGGUGACCUGAUAUGCCGAUGACUUUGAGGAUAUCGAUUGUGGAGAAUCGGUUGUAUAUGUAGCCUAUAUAUUUUUUAGUUGCGGCUGAGGGCUGCUCAGAGAUGAAUCUUCAAAUGUUCAGGGAUAUUUGAGCAUUUAUGCUAUACUUAGCUAGAUUAUGCGCUAAAUACAAACACGUUGUGAAGAAUGGAAAUUAUAUGCCACAUUCUCUAUGUUAAUCCUGACAUUCAAAGUGAAAAAAGGUGUUAAAGUGUUAUGAUAUACACUCAACCAAAAAAGAAAGUCCCCCUUAAUACUUGUUUGUCUAACUCAAAAACUACUGAGCACAUCUUGCUCAAAUGUCACUGAUAAGUACAGAAAAUCCUUAGCAAUCCAGCCAUACUCUUUGAUUGGCCCAAAACAGUGAUAAUGUGUACAAAAUUAUGCAAUUCAUGACA